GCUGGAGGACAGGGACAUAAUCGGACCUGCUGAUGCCAACUUUCAUCAAAGGACUUUUGACAAGUUACUUAUUUGUUUAUAUUAUAUUUUGUUUUGUUAUUUUGUUUAGUCGAACUUUUCUUCACACAUAAAGUCAGAAUUUAUUGACUCACAACUAAAGAUUCGGAUCGGAGUGAACUUCCUGCUGAGAUUGGGAAGCUGAAGAAGCUUGAGACCCUGAGUCUGAAUGGGAAUCAGAUUCAACAGCUGCCCCCCUCUCUUGGCCAGCUCAAAGCCCUGCGGACCCUGUCCCUGGCUGGGAACCAGAUCUCCAAGUUCCCCUUAGGACUGGGAUCCCUGAGGCAGCUGGACUUGCUGGACCUGUCCCAGAACCAGAUUCAGAGUGUCCCUGCAGAGGUUGCUGAGCUGCAGGCCAUUGAGAUCAACCUGAACCAGAACCAGAUCUCAGUGGUGUCGGCAGAAGUCUCUCACUGUCCCCGUCUAAAGGUUCUCCGUUUGGAGGAAAACUGUCUUGAGUUGUCCUCCAUCCCCCAGUCCAUCCUGGCCGAAUCCCAGGUGUCCCUGUUCUCCGUGGAAGGGAACCUGUUUGAAGUCAAGAAGCUUCGAGACCUGGAGGGAUACGACAAGUACAUGGAGCGCUUCACAGCCACUAAGAAGAAGUUUGCCUGAAGCUCUGAUGAUGGUAAAACCUGGACCUCCACUAGGUACAGAGUCGUCUCAGCUUUGGCCCAAGCUGCCCCUGCACCCCCCACAGCUGCUUAUUCUCCAGGAGCUAAACCAAACCUGAGGAGGUGACGUGGUCCUCAAAAAGACCUAACCCUGCUGCCAGAUGGGUCCUAACACACAAACUGCUACAAUAGUAGAAGUAUUUUAUUUUCAGAUGUAAAGCUUUAAAGCUUCAUUCUUCACGAUGGACAUCAACUUCUACCACCAGCAGGUAAGGUGGAGGUCAUGGACCACCUCCAGAUGUUACAGAAGAAACCUGAUCCAGAACGAGGAUCUCUCAGAGGAUAGCAUGUCCUGCAGCCAGAACAUUCUCUUCUUCUGCUUCAGAUGAUUGUUGUUAACUUAACCCACAACUUGUCCACGAUCCAACCCCUAACCAGGAGAUUGCUGUAACGGCAGGAGGAGUAAACCGUCAGAGGAGCUGGUCUCAGAGUUCACAUUCUCAGUCUAUUGUCCUAACAUCAAACACAUCAGGGUUCCUGUAUGAAAGGCUGAGUUCUUCUGGUUCGUGUCGGGACUCGGUUCUGGUGCUUGGGUUUUCACCCUCACAGAGCUGGUGCUGGACCUUGAUCCUGACGCGUCUAAUCAUUAGUUCAUCAUGCUCACAAAUGAAGGAAGGGAACAUCUGCGGGUUUGGAGAUGUUUCCUUUUUCACAACAUUGCUUCUGUUUCAAUGUUUUACCUUCUCAGAGCUGCAAGUUGAGUCUGAGGAACCUAACCUCCAGCUUCUGCUUGUCCAGGCUGUUCUUGAUCAUCAUGACCAACCGUGGCAUUCUAACUGUAACGCACUGCUGUCAAUGAUGUCAUUGAUUUGAUCUUUUUAGAAUUUAAUGUCUUCAGUCGGUUCUGACCCGAUUCACCUGGACCUACCUGUGUCUGCUGUCCAGGUGUUUUAACCCUUUUAUUGUGAAACAUUAAAGCUUCAUGCCAGACUGAUUGUUCCUGUUCCUGCUAACACACUAAACAUGACAUUUAUUAUUCACAUAGUUUUAUUUUUUUGUAGAUUUAUUAUUUAUUAAAACUCCUUUAAAAUCUGAAACUGGGAUUUGAACCUGAGGAAUGGCUGAAGACUUUUUUUCUGGCAAUAUUAGUAAGAUUUCUGCUAACCAGUCUGACUCGUUCUGUGUUUGGAGCUUUAGAUUGGCUGGUGGAAUGAAGGAACUCUUCUUAUUGGUGGAUUUUUGUGGUCUUGAAUCUUUCCUCCUGCGUUUAAAUAAAGCUUGUGUCAGAAAGCCA